AUGUCUAUUCCUUCGUCGCCGCCUGUCCUCCCCGAUGAGGUGUUCAACGAGCCACCGAGCUCUCCGCCGCUGCCGCCAGCCGCCUUCCCAUCUCGCAAGCGGCAUGCGGGGUGGGACUACGAUAGCAGCAUGUCGAGCGACCCGAUAUUCAGUGAGGAUGCCUCUGAAGAGUCUGAAGUCUCGGGAAUCAAGCGCAAGCGAUUCGUGCGCGGCCCUUGGUACCAGCAUGCUCAUUCUCCGGCAAUGGCACGCGUCAAGGGAGAGACGCACAAGCCCGACAGCGGUGUCUGGUUAGGCUCUGACAGUUCGACCGACAGCAUUGGAGGCAGUAGCCGCCGCAUGCAGAGCCUGACCUUCAAUGAAUACAUGCAGAAGGGCGCUCCUCUCACCCAGCGUCAAACUCCCACCAAGCCGAAAGACUCGAUCCAAGAACGCGCCGCCAGCAUCGUCUUCAAAUCGGUUGACGCUUGCAAGGACUCGAUCGAUCUAUCGUGA